CCCGACUGCGGCUGACGUCACACGGCGGUCGCAGUGCGAUGACGCGCACCCGCUGGACGUCGCGGGUCCGAUGACGAAUGUUUAGGUUGUAGAGGGUACGAUCAUGGCGAUGUUUCGGAGUUUGGUCUCCGGCAGUCAGGCGAAACAUACGCCGGCAGCGCCGGGGGAAAACUUGGCAGAUUCGUAUAGCUGUCCUAUCUGCCUGGAGGUCUACCACAAGCCGGUGUCCAUAGCCAGCUGCGGACAUGCGUUUUGUGGGGAAUGUUUGCAACCCUGCCUCCAAGUGGUAUCACCUCUCUGUCCACUUUGCCGCAUGCCAUUCGAUCCAAAGAAGGUGGAAAAGGCCUCUAAUGUGGAGAAACAACUCUCUUCUUAUAAGGCUCCCUGUCGAGGAUGCAAUAAAAAGGUGACUCUGGUAAAAAUGCGAACUCACAUUUCCUCUUGCAAUAAAGUUCAGGAGCAGAUGGAUAACUGCCCAAAGUUUGUACCAGUUGUUCCUACCACACAGCCCAUUCCCAGCAAUAUUCCAAACCGUUCCACAUUCAUCUGCCCAUACUGUGGCGCACGAAACCUUGACCAACAGGAAUUAGUCAAACAUUGCAUGGAAAAUCAUCGUAAUGAUCCCAAUAAAGUGGUAUGUCCAAUUUGUGUGGCAAUGCCUUGGGGAGAUCCAAGUUACAAGAGUGCCAACUUCCUUCAACACCUGCUUCACAGGCACAAGUUCUCCUAUGAUACAUUUGUGGAUUACAACAUUGAUGAAGAUGCGGCAUUACAUGCAGCAAUAGCACUUUCACUCACAGAGAAAUGAAGCAACUGCCUGCACAGAGAUCUAAACAGACAUCCUUUGUACAGGUCACCUUCUGUCAUCUGGCGAAGAGAGUGGCAACUUCCCAGCAUUCUGUAGGGUACUAUCAUCCUCUGCACACGUCACCUUUUCUCAUCUGGGCAAAAAUAGUGUCUUCAUCCCAACAUUCAGUAAGGUGCUGUGUUCCUUGGCGCAGGUUAUUUUUCUCACCUGUGCAAAGAGAUUGCCAAUUUCUUAGCAUUCUGACAGAUACUAUCAUCUUCUGCACAGGCCACCUUCUCUAUCUGUGGAUAGAUAGUGCUCAAUUCUUAGUAUUCAAUAGGGUGCUAUCAACUUCUGAAUAAGUUAACUUCUUGCACCUAGGCACAGAUCAUUUUCACUUCUCUGCAUUCGAGAGAGUUCUGGUAACUCAGUUAGUCAAGUAACCAGUUGUGUAACAAGUUUAUUUGAAAUCAUUAGUGUGUACCUGGACCUUUUGUUCAGUUUAAAUUUGUUCCUACAUUUUUCUAUGUUACAAAUAUUGUACAUUGUGGGGGUGCCUGUGUCAAAGAAUUGUUUGAUUUACAGUUUGUGUUUUUAAUGUUUGAGGUCGUUUUGCAUUGUAAGAGAUAAAGGCAUAUUUUUAAAAUGAUACAGGAAAGACUAGAAUACUAUAGAAUCAAGUGAAGAAACCUUUCACCAGUCCUAUGUAUCAUUUAUGUUGUUGCUAAUCAGAGCUCGAAUUUAACAGUUAGCAGAUGGUAAAUUUAGUGGGAGAUGUUGUAAACAGAGAGGUGGCAGAGGGGCUUGGAUUUUGCAGUUGCAGUUAUAACUAAAUUGUCAACAUUCAGUGUCAAUAUAAUUGUGAAACUAUCAGCAACUACUGGUGUUGCCACAUUUGUAGUUAAAUGUGGGAAAUCCAGAAGCUGCUGUCAGUGAUUUCCUCAUUUUUCUACAGGGCACACUGUUGAAGUACCUGUUGGAGAGAAAUCUUCAGAGCCCACUUUAGAAAUUACAUGAACUUACACUUUUAUGUUAUUGGUCCUGCUGUAUAAAGCACUGCUAAAGUUAUACCUUGUGAAAUAAUGUGUAAUUGGCUUAUUAAUGAUGUACUCAGUUCAUAAUCAUUGCUGAACACCUUCUCUGGCCUGAAAAGUACUCACGGAAAUGUUCAAUUUAUCCAUUAUAUAAAUUAUAGACAUGUGAAAUAAUUGUUUUUUUAAAGUUUAUAUUUCAGCUUCCAGUUUAAUCUCAUGUGUAUAUCUCAACCUUUAUUUUGUCGUUGAUAAAUUGAUUGGAAAGUAAGGGAUAAUUACUGGGUUUGCUGUCUGAGGGAAUUCCUCAGUGUGAUAGCCUACUUGGUGUCAUCACUACUUCUGAUUGUUGGAAGUGUCUUCAAGUUAACAGUGAAAGGAAUGUCAACAAAAGGCAGAUCUAGCUGUAUAAGUUGUUACAUCUUUUCCAAUGGCAAGGGACAUGCUUUUGUCAACCAGUUACAAAGUCCAGACCAGUGUGUUUUGUAGAGGCCUGUGUCUGACUAUAUAUAGCCAUCUACAGUGGAUAAUGUAUUUUCAGUUUCAUAUUUAGCCUACUUAAUGUAAUCUAUUGAAAAUAUAUUUAGAAAAUGGGAGACAAAAAUUGAUGAUUUAACUCUGAUUUGUACUGGCCUGUGUAUGAAUUACUAGAUGCUAGAACUUUAGUGGUUCUUUAGAAUAUUGUUUGUCUUAUCUAAUUCUUCGAGGUAACACAUUAUUACAAUUAAUUUUCUACCUCAGAAGAAAUAUGUACUUUACAGCAUUCUAAUUGGCUCAAUAAGGUUCAUAGGAAUUGCUUUAAAAUGGGACAGGCUAGGUAUUCUUAACUAUUUAAGUACCGGAUGGGUACAAAGUGCUGGCUUUUCCAGCAACAGACACACAAAGAGAUACGCUGGGUCACACACAACAAUAAAACAAAAAUGCAGUGACAAAGAACUUUUUUUUUCAUAAAUAAGAACAGAAAGUGUUGGAGAGGUUCAAUGGGCUUGGCAGCAUCUGUGGAGAGAGAAAUAGAGUUAACAUUUUGAAUCCAAUGUUUUUCUUCAGAGUGUAACAGAUGGUGAGGGUGCCCAGAGAAAAAGACAAAAGGAGUGCUAAUAGUAGUAAAGGAGAGAUGUAAACACAGAACAGGUGCAAAUAGUCAAAAAUAGGUUGACUUUGCUGAAAGCAAACCUAUGCAAACAAGAUGCUGGUGGGAAGGGAUGGAUAAUCAAAACAAAGGACAGGGUUCAUGCACUGAAGUUGGUGAACUCAGUGUUGAGUCCAGAAGUCUGUGAGCUUCACUGGAACACUGCAGAUCUAGGACAGAAAUGUUAGCAUGAGAAUAAGAUGAUACAUUAAAACAGCAUGGAACUGGAAGAUAGGGGUUGACAGAACAGAGUAUAUUGUGCAGUGUGGUUACCAAUAUAGAAGAGCCUGCACUGUGAGCAGCAAAUUAACCUCUCUUUUCAUAUAGUCAUCAAGGGGUCAUGUAGGUCUAUUUACUAUUUGGCCGUAAGGUCAGUCGUAGCCUUCCAGUGAUAUUUAAAGAUAAUUACACCUGUUGAUAUAUUCUCAAUUCUCAGAAAACUAUUGAGCUCUUUGAAUUACAUGCCAAAGAUGCAAAUUGGUGAUUUGGUAAUUACAUGAGACAUUUUAUUUGACAUCACACUAUGACAGUAUGGGCUGAUUAGCAAAUACGUUUUGCCUUAUUUUCAGAGCAUAGUACAGAGAAAUGUUACAUGUACUGUACACAAUUUUGAGACUUUCAACAUACCUGAAAACCUCAAAAUAAAAGAGGAUUUUAAUGAAGUAAAUCAGCAUAGCCCUUUCACUGAAAAAAUAUUGGGGGCAACAUUGAACAGGAUCUGAAAAUAAACAGAAGAAUUGCAAUGCAUGAAUUACCCUGAGGCCAUUGCUUCCAGCUCAGGCUACAUGCAAACUCUGUACGCUUAGAUAAUUACAGCAUGCAGCCAAGGCUAAGCAUAUUAAGUGGCUGUAUGUCUGAGCAGAGGAUUCAAAAUCAUGAGAGGAUAGCAUGAGUAAAAACUAGGCUAUCCUACUUGAGACAAGUGUGCACUUAGUAUUACAGAAUCUCUACAGUGAGGAAAGAGGCCAUUUGGCCCAUUGAUCCUGUACCAACCCACUGAAGAACACUGCCACCCUAUCCCCAUAAUCCCACAUUUACCAUGGCUAACCGACCUAACCUGCGCAUCUUUGAAUGGUGGGAGGAAAUCAGAGCACCCGACGGAAACCCAUGCAGAUACAGGGCGAGCAUGCAAACUUCACAGGCAACUACUAAAGGCUGGAAUCAAACUUGGGUCCUUGGUGCUGUGAGGCAGCAGUACUGACCACUGAGCCACCCUUCUUUAAAGGGAGGUGCAUGUGGCUGACACUGUUGCUGGAAUUUGUUUAACAAGUGAUUUUUGCCAUGGCAAACACUCAAUAUUGGCACAUGGUGACAGAAAGUGGGUUCCAAGACUUGCUGAUGCUGAACAGAAGGCCUUGAUAGAGAACAGGAAAGAUGUGAAUUUUCGAUAGGACUCAGAAAGCUCUCAAAACAAACUUUGCAAAGGCAAUUGGACCAGAUUGCUGUGGAGGUCCAUGCCAGGGGUCAAUAAACUGGCUGCAGUUCCAAAAAGGAACAUGUAAUGACAUCAAACCCUGGGUAUAUUCAAAUACUAGACCAAAUCACAGAGGAGUUGGUGUCUGGCAAUCUGUGCUUCAAACACACAGCUGAGAUACCACCCCAAUGGUGUGGCAGUUCUUCUGUGUAGAACAAAUCUAUUGUCCUGUCUCAUGAUGAUAGCUUAUAUCCUCAGAUCCUUGUCUCCACCAAUGGCUUUGCUUGUUGACAGUCAAUCCACCAGGCAGACUACAAUGACCCAAAGCUAGAACAGAGAAGGCCAAAACUGCUGAAGCUCUUGCUGCCAAUCCCUCUGCAAUGUCAUCACUGAAAUGCAACCAUCUUGCACCAAACAUGCAACAGCCACUGAGUUAACAAUGUCUUGGACUACUAGAACAGAGAAAGGUGCAAGAAAAGUCAGCACCUAAGAGAAUGCACAAGGGAAAUUAGCGUGGCAUGGUUUAAUUUAUAAAUUUAGUUUGGAACGUUUAUUUUGCAUUACACCAGGCAGGCACUGUGAUGUUAUGCUCAUUGGUAGAGGGAACAUUAGAUAUAAGACUGUUGGUGAAUGGGGAAUUGGGCUGGUGGUUACUGGUAUCACAGACCACUGAGACUGUAGUAGUGGUCGCUGUCUUUCUCUUGCUCCUCCACCAUCUCACUGGUGUACAUUUUACCCAUGGCAUGGGUUAUAUUCUAAUGAUGGUGAGGUUGUGCUCCAUGUAGCAUAUUGCUGAGUUCCGCUAAUCUCCCCCACAGAGGUCCAAGCUCUAGUGGCAUUGGGUUGAAUUUUCCUGCUCAUGUGAUGAUGAGCUUGGAGGUGGGGUAUCCUGGAGAAUUGGGGAGAGGUACAUUGAGACAUACCUGCGUCAACAAGUUAAUCUUAUGGAUAGAUAAGAACCAGGAAUGGCUGACUGCCCCAUUGAACUGAGCAAUAAACUGACUUGUUCACAGAUCCAAUUUUCCAAGUGUUCAGGCAUUCUACAGCUAGUAGCACAGUUCCCCUCCCUGAUCCUUUGCUACAUAUGGGGGAUGUUCAGUAAAAGAGACUAAACUGAGCCAGGCCAGGAGCUAUUGGAGAAUCAUGCCCCAAAGAGUAGACCACCAGCAAAUGGUCCAACAUGCUGCCCCAACACUAUACCUCAAGUGGACAGUGGUUUUGCCACUGGUAAUUUUAACUUAGGCCGCCUCCAUGUUGAAACACCCCUGCAGUGCCCACUUCUCCUGCCAGGUUUGCUGUGACUACAAAGCUGUGGCUCCUCUGGUUGGGCUAGUGGAUCAUGAACCUGUAUGUGAUCCAUAAUCAGAUGGUGAUGGAGGCAGCCAUGUGGGAAGAUUAUAUCAUUGAAUGCUGUCCCGGGCUUUGGCCUCCAUUUGAUCCUGAAUCAAGUUCCCAGAGCUCUUGGGAAAACAAGGUUCCUGUACAGCAAGGUGUGUUUUAAGAUAUUUCAUGCAAGCUGCCGAUUUUGAGCUUUGGUUGUGCAAUAACUUGUCAUAUAGUAGCCAUCCCUUGGUUAUAAUAACUCAGACCAAUGGCAAAGUGGACUUCUGCAGAAUGAAGCCAUCAAGGCUCAAUUGUAUAAGGACUGGGGGUACCGCUCAUUCAUGGGAAGAACUAUCAAUCCCAAAAAGACUGACCACUGAACAAGGUCUCCCCAUAGCAAUAAAUUUGUCCAGACAGCCUUGAUGAAUGAGGGUCUGACUUCUGAGCCUCAUUGGUAGGAAGUCUUGCUCUCAACAGCUGUCAGGUUGGCUGGCAGUUCUAACAGUGCUAGCAGUGCCAGAUCCCAGUAAUGGGCACUAUUGGAACUGUAAAUAGGUCCAUAAAUGAAAAAAACAUCAAUCCCCGAGAGAGGUAAAUUGGGCCAUUGCACGGAGGGAUCAGGGAAUUGAAAGGGCUUUUGAUUUGGGCUUAAUGUACAGAUUUUAUUUGCCGGUUUUAAGACCUUGUUUGGUGGGGGUUCGGGUUGAGGGAAUGUCUUGUGAUGUUCGACAGAUACCAGUUGUGUUCAUAAUUUGGUCUUCCCUAUCGUGGGCCUGUGCCAACUGUAUUUUAGUUGCUUAACAUUUGAGUCAAAUAGUUUGUUGACAAGCUCAAAUGUGCAUUAAUUUCCUUUCUAAAAGUGGCAAUCUAUCAAUUUUAGAGUUUCUUGCAUUUGUCAGUGCAGCAGUCAUUAUAUCUCACACUUGACCUGUGCCAUGUAGAUGGUGGACAGGCUUUGAAGAGUCAGGAGGUGAGUUACCCACCAGAGAAUUCCUGGUCUCUGAUCUGCUCUUGUAGCCACUUUAUUUAUUACUGGUCCAGUUAAGUUUCUGGUAUAUGGUUAAACCCACCAGCACUCAGUGUUGAUAGUGGGGGACAAUGUCCCUUUAAACUAUGGGGAAGUUCCACAAAUGCCAGUUGAUGUGCUGACACAAUUUAGUCAUGUUAAUGAUGUCAAGACAGUUAAAUUCUGUUUUCUUGGAGAAGGUCAUUACCUAAUAGUUCUGUGGCACAAACCUAUCACUUUAUCAGCCCAAGCCUGAACACCAUCUUGCACAGAUUAAUGUGUUCCCCAGUUGCAUCAACUUGUUCACAUUUAUAAAUAUUGUAGUAUUCCUUAUAGAACUUCAGUCUUUGUAUUUCAACCUUUAGUAUAAGUUAUUUUAAUCUUGUAUUGCUAUCAUUGUUACUGAGGACAUUACUUCUGUGACAAUCAUAUUUUUGUGAUAUUUCUGGUUACUGCACUUUCCAAAGUGAACCAGCGAUCUAUGCAUAUUUGACCCACUUGCACAUUUUUUCAUCACAAAUUACGCAUCAUUCUUUCAAAACUGUUAAGCUCGUUGAAUUGCUAGUAAAUAAAAUGGUAGUAAAUUCAAUAUCUUCACCCAUUGCAUUUAAAUAUGUAUCACCACAUUUGUUGCAUUUUUGUGAAAGGUCUGACAUGAACAGUCAAAGAAUACAGCUUUACCUGCAUAUUAACUGUUGCAAUUCAGCUACUAGGUCACAGCUAUCCCUUUGUACCUCAGAGUUCUGUAAUCUUUUUCCACAUAAGUAAUAUUCUUCAUUUCUGUUCUUCUUGCCAAAGUGGACAAGUUCACAUUUUCUUAUUUUAUAUUUAGUCUGCCAAAUCUUUGCCACUCAUUUAACCUAUCUAUAUUACUUUGCAGAGAUUUACUACCUGCUUUCUAUUUGUGUCUUCAGCAAAUUUAGCAGCCAUAUAUUUGGUCACUUCAUCCACAUUAUGGAGGAAAAUUGUAAAAAUUUGAGGUCCCAGAACUGAACCCUGUGGCAAACCACGUGACAUGUCCUGCCGAUCUGAACAAUUAUACAUUUAUGCCUCCUGUCUGUUUCCUGUCAGGUAACAAAUUCUCUAUCCACCCUAACAUGUCACCCUGUACACCUGAGCUCUUAUUUUGUAUAGUUACCAUUGAUGUGUUACAUUGCCAAAUGCCUUCUGGAAAUCUAAUUGCAACACAUCCAUAGGCUCCCUUUUAAUCAAAUUGCUUAUUAAUUCCUCAAAGAAUUCCAAUAACUUGGUCAAACAUGAUUUCUCCUUCACAACACAAUGUUGACUUUGUCUGUUUGGGUUGAGAUUUUCUCCCUUUGCUUUUCUUUAAGUUCUGCCCAUCUUCUGAUCUGCGAUUCAUCUUUGUCAAAUUAUAUUCUUGUAUUUUCAAUUUGAUUGUAUUUUUAUCUUCCUUUCUUAGCCCCAGGUGGUGCUUCCUUCCCUCAUCUUUCUCAAUAGAAUGCAUCUUUUUUGAGUACUUUGCAAAAUCCCCUUAAAAACCUGCUGAUGUAUUUCUACUGACCUAUCUUUUAACUGAAUUUCCCACUUUAGCCAGUUUUGUCUUCAUGUACAGAUACUUGCCCACAUUUAAGUUAAUUUUAACUGGUCUUGGAUCCACUCUCCUUUCAUUCAAAUUGUACUUGAUAUUAUAUUUUGAUCAUUUGCUGCCUGGGUGGGGGCUUCACCAUAAGGUCAUUAAUUAAUGCUGUUUCAUUGCACUUUAUCAAAUCCAGUACAGCCUGCCCUCUAAUUAGCUCUAGAAUGUCCCUAAAACAUCCAUGAUCUCAUCCUUUACCUGUCUAAUUCAUCCAAAAUAAAAUCACCCAGAAUUAUCACUUUACCUUUCUCACAAGCCCCUAUUAUCUCUCACUGUAUUCCUACAGUCUGCUAAUUUUUAGGGAGGCUAUAAAUGAUUCUAUAAGUGAAUUAUUACUUUUAGUAUUACUAAGAUCAUCUCUGUCUAUUGCACCAAACAAAGCUGCCCAUCCAGUUUUAUGGUAGCUUCCUCUACUUCCUUAAUGUGAUGUAUCCUUGAUUAUUCAGGUCCUAGUCUUUUCCACCUUGUGGUAUUUCUCUGUGAUGGCUGUCAGAUCUCAUAUGUUUAUUUCUAGUUGUGCUGUCAAUUCAUCUGUCUUGUUAUGUACAUUCAUCUACAGAGCCUUUAGUUCUGUCAUUUCAACUAUUCUUUUAACCUCUAGCCUUACCUAGCGAUGCAUGUUUACGUUUGUUCAUUUUAUUCCUUCCUGUCCCACUCUGAUCAUUAUUUCUGUUACAGCUUCCUUGCUCUCUUGCCUUAUCUAUUUAAUUAUCAUGUCUCCCUAAACAUUUUUUUAAUAUUUGUUCCUCAAAUGUGGUUGUUACAAGCAAGGCCAAUGUUUAUUGCUCAUUCGUAACUCUCCAGAAGGCAGUUCAUAGUCAACCACAUUGUUGUGGAUCUGGAGACACAUAGGCCAGACUGGACAAGAACAGCAGAUUUCCUUUUCGAAAUGACAUUGGUUCAUUAAUGGGGUUUUACAACAAUUAACAGUGAUUACAUGGUCGCCAUUAGGGUAGCUUUAAAUUCAAGUGUGCACUAAUGUAUGUAGUAUUACAGUGUACAUAAUGCAUGUAGUUUUAGUUCUCUGUUUAUCCUCUUGCUUUUGAAAAUCAAGAACCAUUUAUUUGAAGAGUGGACUUAGUUGGUGAGCUCGGAAAAAAGGAACGCAUCAACUUCCAGUUCUCUCUCAAAUUUUCCAAAUGCAAGUUGCAUUUAUUUUACAUUUUUUCAGAAAGGACAAGGUAAGAAAGCAAUUAUUAUAAUUAUUUUAGAUAGCUUGAGAAGAUUGAGUACGUCACCUUUGCUUGACAACAGAGGCUGGUUCGAUAGCAGCUGUUUUAGCCAACUUCAGAUUUAAUAUCUCUGCACGGAUAUGACACUAAACCAUGUUGGUUUUCAGGCACAGCAGAGAUGAAUUAUCACGUCUGUUCUCCUUCAGAUUUGGGCUUGUACUUGAAAGCCCCUACAUGCUUCAAGACUUCUGGGUAAUUUUAUGCUGCUUUAUAGCACAGAGUUGCUAUUGCUGUUAUAUUCUGGUGCCAUCAUUGAUGAAAAUAAACUUCAUAAAGUGGUGGGAUUUUGCAUGCAACAUGUGCAUUCAAAUUCACAAGCCAAUACCUCUGCAGAAUGUAAUCACUGCUUUUAUGCCUCAGUGCCUAUGUUCUAUCAUGUCUGACAUGGUUUUGCUUUGGUUUUUUGUAACACCUACAUUUUAUUCAUGAUUUUUUUAAAAAGAUUCUCAGUUUCUUCUGAUUCUACAGUUCUAUUUCCUAUCAGUUUUGCAUAAAUAGAGCUUAUAUUCCGGAGAACCCAGCCCACUCACGCAUAGUAAGGCAGUCUUUCUGGAAACGACACUUCAUGUUCCCGAAUCUUGCACAAGCGCAGUAACUGUUUAUAGCCACUUGAGUGCAGGAAAGCUUUGCUGUAAAAUUAGAGUGAGGUUGUGAGAUGAGCCUUAAAUCGUUGUGACUGAGAAAACCUAGUAGAGUUGACAUAUCUGGAACUGCUUACUAAAUGUAACACCAAAUAGCCAUGUUGGUUGCAGUUGUUUUAUUGAGUCUUGAUUUUGUUUUGUUUUUAAUUGCACAGAAAGUAUUUUAAGGAAUAUUAAACCCAAAAGUGAAUGCAAAUCAACCAUGAUUUAAUUGAAUGGCUGACCAGGCUCCAGGAGGUGAUUGCUUACUGCUAUCCAAUGUUUGUUUUAUUUUGUGCAUGCUAGUUCAGUGGAAAUUUCAGAUCCUGAAUUUAUCUAGUCUGGAUCCAAGUAGAUUAGUAGAGUCUGAUUCUUUACCACCAAUCAGAAAAAAUAUCGUACUGGUGAGGGAACCUCUUGCAUUAAAUUCGAGCUCUGAAAACGUUCUUACAUUUGAUUUAUAUUUCUUUGUACUUGUUUUACAUUUGAUAAAGCAUGACAUCAUCCUGAUCCAUUCCUUGUAAUCUAUGCUUUCUGAUGGAUCAAUGGGUAUCUCCAAAUAUCUUGAAAUAAUAUGGUUCUUGUAUGUUUAAGAGGGAGCACAAAUGGCCAUUUAGAUACACAAGUCAGAUAAAUCAUUAAGGCAGGAUCCUUCCACAUUAACAACUGGCUGAACCAAAAAAAAACUGAAGCUUAUGUACUGAAUUAAUAUAUAUUUUUAAAGCAACACACUCAUCAAGCUAUUUCUACAGGGUAGUAACUGGAAGAGCAACUAAAACAUGCAACAAAAACCAUUGAGUGCGAUUUGCUUUGGUUUCAGACAUCUUCACUUUAUCUCUAAGGUUCAGAUAGAAAUGACUGAAAGGGAAAAAGGUCCAUCCUCUCUUGUUAGUUUUGAAAGUCACGAGUUAAUUGAGAUCUAUCAUUUUCAGUGCAUCUACCUAAACAUUAAUUAACGAAAAUGUCACUGGGCUCAAAAGGCUCGGCUUUGGAUAGCCAGGAUAUAAUGGAAAUUCCAGUUGCUAUGUAUCUCAGAAAUGUUUUUCCAGUAUUUAAAGGUACUACAUUUUAGGAAGAGGUUAAUUAAUGCUUAGUAGUAUGGGGGAAUACAGCAAUCUAUACGAACAUAAAGUAUGCGCUUGAAUAGGUGUAUUUACAUAGAUAAGCAUUUAAUACCCAAAUUCUAAUUGAAAAGUUAGAUUUUGGUUUGCAAUACAGUGACUACAGAAAAUGUGACUUUAGUUUGUACUGCCAAUAGGAUUAAAUUCCUCUUCAGUGUUACAUCCUCCACCUUACUGAGCACAAAGAGAGAAAACUUCCAGUUCAUUAUUUUAUAAAAGUGAUUUUGAUGUAGCAAAAAUGAUAUAACUGUGUGAAUGAGAUUUACUUAAUAAAUGUGUGAGGUCAGUGUUUCAAAUUAUUUGGACAACUAGUAGAAUUUUCUGGUGACUUGCAAUUUAUAUUUGCAAAUAUAAAGACAUAGAAGAUAAGUUAUUUUUCUUCAAAAUCUCUUAAUUUAUUAUUUUAUUUAAACUUUUAAAUUCUUAGUUAACUUCCUUGCAACAUUAUAUUUUAUGCUUGUAGCUCACUAGCAAAAAUCGGAACGGAAUAUUAGUUACCAGUAACUUUGCUAGCUGCUAGUCUUAUUUUGAACACUGUACGAUAUUGUAUCUGCAUAGGAAUUGUAAUGUAAGUUUUAAAAAAGGUUUUCCCCAUUGUUAUGGUCAUGCAAUUACUCAUGCAGUUCUGAAUUUUAAAUUGGCACAUAUUGAUAAUUUAAAUUUCUGAUGCCUUUGCAUCUAAUGUAAGUCAAGUUAUAAUACAUAGGCAUGUAUAAAGUAUCAUCUGGGACUAGCUAAUGACAAUAAUUAAGUUUGCUUGAUGCCUGAAUUCAUAAAGGCAUUCAUAAAAGCUAGUUUUUUGGUGUGGUUUCUUUACUUAUUCCAGUUCAGUUACAACCGAGGUGAGAGAUACAGAUUCCACAUUCUUCCAUCAAGCUGCAAAAAAUAACUGUAGAAAACUUAAGCUAUAAUACAAACCUUGUCUAAUUUUCUAAUAUUUUUAAUGUACUACAGUGCACAUUUUCAAACUAGUUUUUUAGAAAUUGUUUGUUGCUGUGUGAAGUUAGUGUGUACAUUUGGAUAUUUUGUAAAUAAAAUUUUGCUUGUUCAGCAA